AUGUCUGCCAGAAAAGUCACCGCAGGUUUAUGUAUCCUUUGGCAAUGUUUCCAUCUAUCAAGUUGUAGUAUUGCACACAUGAAGUAUUCAAAAUUGAAAGCGAUAAAUUGGGGUCUACCUCUUGCUGGACACAAAUUUAAUGUAACACCAAUAGCAACGAGCAGAGUGACAAAUCAUAUCAAGUGUAUGGUUCACUGCGCAGAAACUGAGGGAUGUGUUGCUAUAAAUCUUGGUCCCGCACAAGCCGGAGAGCACGAGUGUGAAAUGUUGGAAACAACACGAUAUUCAAUAUUUAAUGCAAAAUUCACUGCGAAAGCUGGCUGGAAAUACGUUGGACCUAUGGUAAUGAUAAUCUCACUGUUAACAGAUCGAACAAUCUGCAGUAUUUGUUUUAUAGAAUAGUAAUUCCCUUUAAAUUAAUGGACGCUAGAACUCAGAAAUUUAUUAAAUUUAUAUUCACUAGACAAAAUGCGACGUUAGUCCAUGUCGUAAAGGAUUUUGGUGCAUUGCCCAUGAAGAAUAUGAAAUUGGUUACACAUGCUUAGAUCCCGUUAGAGGUGAAGUAACAAAUAUUAAUAGUAAUAAUUAAUAGUAACGUUUGCAUGGCAAAUAUAAUAAACGGACAAGUUCAACAGCUACCCAAAGUGACCAAAAAAGUAUAUUUUUCAAGUUCAAAUUUGUAUUUAUAUACAUCCAUUACACUAAUUGAUUUUCCCCACUCCUCAAUUUUUAUGAGACACUGUUACAGAUUUAAACAAACUAAAUUCCUUUUGAACUCUUUAAUGUGUUCAAUGCAAGGUUUACAUGCAACAUGUCACAGCUGCAGUAGUUAGUAGUAUGACAUUGGCAACAGAUAUUCCUUCAACUAAACUCUAUCAUGACAAUUCCUGACGCAGGCAAGUAGUUCAUUUACUGAAAUUAACCUCUCACCAAUAAUCCAAAGCAAAUUAAACGUAGCCUGAUUAUUAUGACUAAGACACACAACUCGCUAUUUCGAAAAUCAUGUAUAUUCAUCAUAAUCUAAAGCCUUUUCAGUGGCGUAACCAAGCAGAAUAGAAGUGACGGGGGAGAGUGGAUACUCGAAAAUUAAUUACUAGCCUCACAAAAUAAAUUUCUUGUGGCGCCACUGGACCUAUAUUAAUCAUAUUCCCAUACGAUUUACAAUAUCUGCUGAAUUUGAUGUUUUCAUGUGACCGUGUAGUCCUGAAAGUCAUAAAAGUCCUUAUCUUCAUUAAUAAAAAAAUAAUGUUGUGCCUUAACGUAUAUGUAAAUAUUUUAACCAGUUACGAAACCGCAAACGCAAAAAAUGUUUACAUAAACCAACUUUGGUAAAACUCGUUAAGGCGGUUUUCCAGUCCUCCCACGAAGCUCCUCGCAGCGAGUUCUUGCAUCUAAUUAAAGUUAACUGUUUAGCAUUGUGAUUGGAUAAAAGUGCUCAUGCAUGCACUCGCAGCGAACUGCGAAGAGCUUCGCGCGAAGACUGGAAAUUCGCCUUUAGUUAGGUGAUGAACAGUCAUUUAUCUCAAAUCUAGACUUUAAUUAAAAAAAAUCGAUUUUUAAAUCAGUUUAUAAGUCGUGUGUUUACGUCACAAUUACAGGAACUAUCCCCACCAGAUUUUUGCAUGGUUCACUAAUUGACUGGCUAGUUUAUUUAACCCAUGGACAAGCCUGUCACAAAUUUGGAUAAAUCCUUGGUUCGUAGUGUGAACACAGCUUAACUGGUACGACACCACCGAGCUGUAGCGUUUCGCCUUGUUUCUUGGUAUUCAGAUUUUAUUUACUGCAUUGUUCAUUUACUACUUACAAGUAGAAAGCAGAAUUGUGGUCGCGUUUAGUUAAAACUGCCAUUUUCCGGAACCUGCAGCCUUUGCUUCAUACUUACAUCGUUUUCUGUUCCAUGCAGAACCUUGUACUCCAUUAGGCAUGGAAAGUGGGAAAAUAUUGGACGGUGCCAUUACAGCUUCGACGUCUUAUAACAGUGAACUUGGUCCUGCCAAUGCCAGACUUAAUGUACAUCGUGGUUGGUGCGCGUGGACAACAAAUAAUGCAGGAAAACAGAGCGGAUGGAUACAGGUUGAUUUGGGUGACAUCAUCUGGGUGACAGGUGUAGCCACCCAAGGACGUUGCGUUCAUCCACAAUGGGUAAAAUCUUACAAAGUAUCAUACAGUACUGAUGGUCAAAACUGGGAAUUUUACGACGAAUCUGGCAGUACUAAGGUUAGCUUAGACUUCUUUUUUUCGAAGAUUUAAAUAAUAUGUAAUGAAGAGCUUUUGAAGCUUUUCGUCCUUUAUUGCGUUUUAUACAGUCGAAGUGGAAGAGAUAACAUCAACCUGACCGUGUUGAAGGCUUGCUAGCUAUGGGGCCUUUGGCUAUUAACACAUGUGACCCUAGCUUGCUCAUAAAAUACGGCCAGUCAGGCUGGUCAAAUAUAGCUAAUUUUCUCCCACUCGUGCGGGGUUCAUGUUGUCAGUGGAUAUAUCUUACACAAAACAUAUGUAAAACGCAAAGCUUUCAAUUUUUCAUUGGAAGUCCGGUGGGAAAUGAAGUUGCUAUACUGGGAGAAGUUUUGCCGAAUAUUAUCAACGUGGUAAAAGUGCUAGUAAGGAGGAAAUCAGGGGAUCCAAACAAUAACCUUCGACUGCACAGCAAUCAUAUUUUGUUUUUACCAUGUUUCCGUUUCGACAGUUGGCGGGGGAAAUCCGUGGCACCUGCUGGUCACGUGAUCCCAAGGUACCAGAUUUUGUGGGUAAUGUGACUAUAUAAACUAUCAUGGACUUUACUUUUAGUUUUUAAUUUCAAAAUACUGGCGGUACAAAAAAUAGAUAAUUCUACGCUAGCUCGAUAGUCUAAUGAACCCAUCCAACACUUUUUCUUUGACAAGUAAAAUCAGCUGGCGUAAGACAGAGUAAAAUAAUAAAGUAGGGCGCAAUGCAACUUAAUGGGUUAAUGGGUUACCCUGGCUUUGUUCAAUUGUAUUAUAUUGUAGCAAUUGAUCUGCAGAGCUGAAAUACGUAAAUGUGAUUUAACAUCAUAACAUAAAAUAUCUUCUUUUUCUCAACAGAUUUUCACUGGAAACACCGAUAAAACAACGGUUGUGACUAACGCUUUCAAAAGUCCAAUCCAUGCUCGUUAUGUCAAAAUUUUACCGCAGUCAUUUGUUGACAGGCCAUCUUUGAGAAUGGAGCUGUAUACCAGCUGUACCACGAACUAA